GAGACUCGGGAACUGAGUUCGGAAGCAAAGCUGUUCGAAGCUCCUACCAACAGCCUCAGCCUACGAGUGCGAGGCACUACAAAGGCGCAAAUGCCCUUCUUUCUUCUCUUUCAAAACUAGGGUUUUCUCGGGUUUUGAAACUCCCACCAGAAAAAGAGAAAGAAAGAAAGAAAGAAAGAAAGAAGAAAAACCAAUCUACCAACUCCAACGAGACCAACCUCCUCCAGAGUUCACAGAGUCUGAAAGGCCUUCUGGCAAGACAAAAACUGUUGUUUUGGGGAACUACGGCAGGUGCUGUGGGUCCACUUUGAAGGAGGGAUCAUUACUUUAUCCCUUAUUACCGCUUUUACACAAGGAGAUCACCAAAAAAAAAAAAAAAAAUGCAGACACCAAAAACAAGAACCAGUUUGGAAGUGCCACAAAAGAAAUCUCCUGCAACACCUCGGACUGCUCGCCAACUCAGGACACUGGGCUCAGAUUCCGACCCAGCCAGUAGGACACCAAAAGACAAAAGUCCUAAAGUCAUUGAACGUAGGACAUCACGAAGCCCAAACUCUGAGAAGAAGCGCCCAAUCCGAGUUUCUGAAUUGGAGUCGCAGCUUGCUCAACUCCAAGAGGAUCUGAAAAAGGCAAAGGACCAACUGAACUCAUCUGAAUCAUGGAAGAGGAGAGCCCAACAGGAGGCUGAAGAGGCCAAGCAGGAGCUCUUCGACAUGUCAGCAAAGCUUGAGGAAUCCCAGCAGCAGCUGCUGGAGCUUUCUGCUUCUGAAGAAGCUCGGCUUCAAGAGCUCCGUAAAAUCUCCCAGGAUCGUGAUCGAGCAUGGCAAUCUGAACUUGAGGCUGUCCAGAGGCAGCACUCUAUGGAUUCUGCUGCCCUGGCUUCUGCUAUGAAUGAAAUUCAGAAGCUAAAAGUUCAGCUCGAAGUGGUGGCUGAAUCAGAAGCUACUCAAACUAAGAGUGCAGAAUCAGCACAUGCGGAGAUCAAGGGCUUGAGAAUGGAACUUUCUAGAACUCUAGCCCUGGUUGAAAGGUUUAAUACUGAAUGCAAUAAUUGCAAAGAAUCUGAAGCAUGGGCCAUAGAAGUUGUUAAUAAAACUCAAAGGGAAUUGGAAGAAGCGAAUGCAACUGCAGAAAUGCUCCGGUCAGAUGGCAUCAAAGCCAUGGAAGCGUACAACUCCUUGUCAGUUGAAUUGGAGCAAUCAAAAGUGCAGGUGGAAUCAUUGGAGGGACGUGUGAGCACACUCCAGGUAGAUGUGGUUGAUAGCAAUGGCAAAAAGUUGGCGGAUCCUACAGGCACUUACAAGAUUGUUCAGGAAAAUGAAGAAAAUGAGGAAACUAACCAGCUUAAAAUGGAGCUUAAUUUUCUGAAACUUGAAGUGGGUAAAUUGAAAGCUGCUUUAGAUGCGGCUGAGGUCAGGUACCAGGAAGAAUAUAUUCAGAGCACGUUGCAGAUUAGAAGUGCCUAUGAACAACUUGAGCGGACAAAAUCAGAAUCAUGCCAACGAGAGGCUGAAAUGGAGUCGGAAUUAGAGAAAUUGAAGGCUCAAGUUGAGGAGUUAAGGGUUUGUUUGAUGGGCAAGGAAACUGAAUUGCAGAGUAUUUCAGAAGAAAAUGGGGAGCUGAAAUUGAAGAUUGAAAAAAACCUGUCAAGUGAAAAAGAAUAUAAACUUGCAAUGGCCCUGAGGAAGUCAGAAGCAGAUUUAGCAGAGUUGAAGGCAAGUUUGUUGGAUAAGGAGGCAGAGUUGCAGAAUAUCACUGAGGUAAAUGAAUUGCUCAAGAUGGAAAUAAAGAAGAGGGACCUAGAAAGGAAUCAAGUUAAUGAUGAGGUUGUUGCUCUGGCAGAAGCAGCAAGGACUGCAGAGCGGGAGGCUCUGAUGAAACUUGGCAAUAUAACAGAAGAGGCAGAUAAAAGUAGCCAAAGAGCAGAACGAGCGACUGAGCAGCUCGAUGCAGCACAGGCUGCAAAUUCAGAAAUGGAGGCCGAGUUGAGGAGGUUAAAGGUGCAGUCAGAUCAGUGGAGAAAGGCAGCUGAGGCAGCUGCUGCAAUGCUUACUACAGCAAACAAUGGGAAAUUUGUGGAGAGAACAGCUUCUCAUGACAACAGCUAUAAUCCUAUGGAUUCACCUUAUUCAGAAGACAUGGAUGAUGAUUCGCCUAAGAAGAAAAACGGAAACAUGUUGAAGAAGAUUGGAGUGCUAUGGAAGAAGGGCCAGAAGUAAAAUGGAAUUAUGUGACAGGUAUUUUGGUGGGUGGGUGCAGCUGGAUUUUUCAUGGAAAAGAAUGUGAAAAUGGUGAACUUAGUGUCAUUUCUUUUAACCUGAUGUGUGUUGUGGCUCUAGAUAGACGCACUAGAUAUUCUAUUCUAUCUUCUUAAUUUUCGCUUGGACAUCUUUACAGUUAUGUUUUGAAUCAGUUGGUCUUCCUACAAAGCACAUCAGGGGAGCCCUUGUGUAUGUAAAUGGAACAAAUGAUCUGAAACUAGCAGGCCUUGUUUAUUUGUUACUUCAGCCA